AUGGCAGCUCCGGCAUCUGUUACUAUCAAGGACCUUUCAGGAAAAUGGUCCAUGGACAAAAAGCUAUCUGAUUCACCAGAGCCCUCUCUCACUCUUCAGGGAGUCGGCUGGGUUAAGCGCAAGGCAAUCGCUACCACUACUAUUGCUUUGGAUGUAAAACAGUACCUCGAUGCAUCUAACAUAACCCACAUCGAUAUCAAACAAACCGCAAGCGGUAUCCCAGGAACAACCGAAACAAGAGUGCUCGACUUCGAAAAAGCAAAACACUCUGAUCACGUAUUCGGUGAAGUGGAGGGUCGCUGUCAAUGGAUCACUCUUGAUAAGAUUGCGGAUCCACUUCCUGAACACACCAGCACUCCUGAAGAAGUUGAAUUCCUCUCAAAAGGUUGGAUUUGCGAUGAAUCCGAAAAUGGCGGUCCAAAUGGUGAAAGACACAUCGAUUCAUAUGUACAAAACGACAGCAACAAAUGGCUGGCGCGACAGAUCUGGGGGUUUUCUAUGAUCGAAGGCCAACGCCGAUACGUGCGACGCGUGGUCCUCAAGAAAUAUGAACCUAAAACUCCGGAUCACAUCUUAUUCGUAACCCUCGUAUACAACUACGAGUCUUAG